CUUACACCAAGUUCAAGUGAAGUGAGCUGAUCAGAUCAACCGGACACAAAGCCCAAAGAAACAAUGGCCUACAGCUAGCCACCAAUUCGCUCGAUCAGCGAUGGCGGACAGAGUGACGAAUCUGGCGUCGCAGCGGGCGGUGGUGAUCUUCGGAGCGAGCAACUGCUGCAUGUGCCACGUGGUGAACACACUCUUCACAGAGCUGGGCGUGAGCUGGACGGUGCACGAGCUGGACAAGGACCCCCGCGGGAAGGACGUCGAGAGGGUGCUCGUUGGCAUGGUCGGACGCAACCCGCCUGCGCCGGCCGUCUUCAUCGGCGGCAGACUUGUCGGCACCACCGACCAGGUCAUGAUGCUGCACGUUGGCGGCCAGCUCGUGCUGCUCCUCCGCCAGGCCGGCGCCCUCUGGCUCUGAAGAGUCAAGGCUCAAGGACAGCAGUGGCUGAUGCAUGCGUGCAGUUGUGUGUGAUCGCUAGAGAUCAUAUGGUGCGUGCAGUGCAGCUACAUAAUUUUGGAAAGGUCAUCAAACAUAUUAACGGUCAUGAUCUUUCAGUUGUACCUCUUUUUGUCAUGAAAACAGUAGAAAGGAUGCUCUGUAAGAGAUAAGCAUCCUGAGCAAUAUUAAAAGAGCUUAUUCUUGUUAUCUUGUUGUCGUUGCUUAACUAAUUUGAUGCUUUGGGCGCAGGCUGGGCGCAGGCUGGGCGGCAGCGGCGUUUGACGCGUCGUCAUCUUCCUGAAGGUGCCGCCUUGGGUGAGUUGGGGGUGUGCAGGGGCGAUGGGUGUGGUUGUCAAGUGUGUGGCGGCUUUGCAGGUGGAGGUGGCGCCAUGGUCUUCUUGUUGGGGCAGUGCUCUGCUGUUUGGUUGUCCGUUGCCUGACUUGUGGCUGUUUGCUCGCCGGCUCUCAGUGCCAUGGCAUGGACGGGAUGAAGAUAGGGUUCUUUCCCCGUUGGCAGCAACAGGGCAUGGAAGGCUUGAACUUGGUGCUGAUUCCAGCGGGUGCUGUCCUGCUAUCUGCAUUGGCUGCCUUGGAUCCUCUGCUUGCAAGUUCUUCUUCAACCUCGCUCAACAACAGCUUCUCUUCCUUGGGUGUGGGUUAUUGUGUCUUGAUGAGGCUCUUCGUUUGGUGUUCUUAGCGCAGCAGGUGGGUCGUGCUGAGAAUCUCCCAUGGUGACCUGGAAGCUUGUACCAAUCCUUGCUCAGGGGAACAUUGCCACUUGCCAAUGGUACGGCGCCCUUCGAUCCAGGGCGAGGAGCAGGGGUCCCCUUCGGAAGUGGAGAGGGUCAGUACGAGGACGGCGUCCACCUAUCGGAGUAGAUGAGGGCAUGUCCAUCUUUGUUGGGCUGUAACUCCCCCUGAAGUUUGCUCUCUGUCAGGGUUAUGGUGCUCCACUCGCGCAUUGAAGGGCUUCAGCAACAUCAAGCUAGUCUGUACUGCUCAUUUCCUGUUUGCUUGUACGUGUUGGGGCUAGGAAGUUGUUUCGGGCAUCACCUUGUAUCUGCCGUCUUUUUUUUUUGUUUUCCUUUUCUUUUGCUUGUUUGCUAUGCUUCGUUGUAACUGUGGGUGUUUGUAUCUCCU